AUGGCUGCUCUCCCUUGCUGCAGGAACGUGUUUGUUCUGCUGCCAUUGGCAGGUCGCUUGAUGCUGCUUUCUCGCGCAGCCACUGCAGCUCCUGCGUUGGCUCCAGGAGACUUUCCUGCUGCCCCCCUUGCUGCCCGCGAUGCUGCAGCAGCAGCAGCAGCAGCAGCGCGGGGUAUUCCUUUGCUGUGGGGCCCCCCCGGCAGUCACGCUGCCGCUUCUGCAGCCGCUGCAGCGGCUGCAGAAGCCACGGGAUGGAGGUGGGAGGCUUCCGAAGUAUACGACAUCACUGGAGAUAUUUCUUACAAGCUUGCGUGCUGCUUCAUGCUGCUGUACGGACAGCCGCUGCUGCCUCGCCAGCCGCCCCCCCUAGACAAAUUGACCAUUCAAACGACAAAGGAGAAGCUGAAGAACACGUUUAUCGAGGUCUCGCUGCCCACCACGAUGCUCGGGGUGUACAUCCACCGCAGCGUCCAAAGGUGCACCGGCUGGAGUCUCCAUGAAAAUUCUUUCGCAGUUCAUUCGUUGUUGAUUCCUUCCCGCGAGACUCGCGAGUUCGCCCGUUUUGCUGUUUCUGCCGUUGAUCUCUUUUGUUUUAAUAGCCAAAAGCCUCCAGAAGGCAGCAAGCCUGCAAGUGUGCCGCCCCUCCUCACGGACUGUGUCAGCAGCAUGAAAGUUCUCUCGAGAAUCGCUGGCGAUGAGGCGGAAAGUUUGUGGGAAUGCGUAGGCGACCCCCUCGCAGCGCCUGCCUACCUGCGUGGUUUUUUGAUUGAUUCGAAUGGAGUGGGCUCAGUGUCACCGUUCUGUUUGUCUCCUCAUCCCUCCCGUCCCUGCUGCCUUCCCUCCCUCUUGUCGGUCUGCAGCUACACGAGGGCGGAGGAGCUAUCCAUUCUUUCCCCCCCCCCUAAGCCGCACUUUCCUCUCUUCCUGCAGUUCCUGCACGCACAGAGGCACCCGCAGCUGCCGGACCGCAUCGUGGCUGCUCCCCUCUCGACACUGCAGCAGCACAAUGUCGCGAUGCAGCAGCUGCUCCAGCAGCAAACGGCGCUGCUGCUGCUGCUGCUGCCACCAGAGACGCUCCAGCACAUGAGGAUGCAGGCAGUGGCUGAAGUUGGAGGCCAGAUGCCUCCCGUGCCGCUCGUUCAGGCGGCUUUCCAGGUGUCUCCCGCCUCUCUUGUUCCCUUCAGUGCGUUCGCAGGCGCCUCUGCAGCAGUCGCCGCCGCGGCUGUGGCAUUGCUGGCGUCUCGCCCUCUGCACCUGCUGCCUGCAUCGCUGCGGCAGUACCCUCUGCAUUUGCUGCUCCAGCUGCUGCAGUCUCAGCGGUCUGCCGCAGCAGAGAGCGAAGCGCUCGAGAGGGUGGGGCUGGCAGCCAGAGCAGUUGCGGGUGGCCCCUCCACGAAUCCGCUGCUGUGGGAAGCGCUGCGCUCAGUCUUGUUGGAGCUCACGCUGCUGUUGUCGGACCGCUUCGCCUCCGCCGCUGGACCUCUGCUGCAGCAGCAGUCGCUCGACAGAGUGAUUGCAGAGGGAGACAAGGUGCCAUCCGCUUCCGUGCUCCUGCUGCUGUUUUCCCAGGCGUUUCUCGUUGCCAACGUGACUGCGGAGCUUUGGAGAACCUUCUUGGAGCGAAUUCGGGAGCGAACUCCGGCGGCGAACGCGACGCGGCGGCAAGAGGAUCAGGAUGCGCUGAUCGACACAGUCAAAGCCUUCAGCCCUAAGCACCUCGGAGGGACGGAGGCGGAGUGGUCCUACCUCUCUGCCAAAACAGACGCCCUCUUGCUGCUCCUGUUGCAGUUUUCCCACUUCCACGCACCAGCAGCCGCACCAGCAGAAGCUACGGAUGCGCCGACUCCCAUAGUCGAAGACGGCCCCUCAGGCGGCAGCAGCAGCAAUAGCAGCAAUGGCAAUAGCAGCAAUGGCAACAGCAGCAGCAAUGGCAGCAGCAGUAACGGCAGCAGCACUACCUCAUUCGCUGCGGCGACUGCUGCGCUGCAACUCACACAGUGGUGGCGUCGUGUUGGGGACUGCCGGCGUCUCUCGUGUUUGUUUUGCCUCUCCUCUCUUUCCGGAAAGGGAGAGGAGUUGAGUGAGCGGCAGCAGCAGAUCAAGCAGCAGCGAGGGCUCUCUGUGAACCUGUCUACUCCUCCGCUCAGCCGUGCGAAGGAGUGGGUGGAGCCUCCUGCCUUCUUCUUCUCCUUGCUGCUUAUCCGCAGCAAGUGCUUCAGACGGAUCGCGGCGGCUGCUGCUGCUGGCAGCAACGACACGGCAACGGCCGUCGUUGCUGCUGUUGCUGCUGCUGCAGAAGCGGCGCAUCCCCGACCGCUGCCAGACGUCGCACGUCUCGUAGCAGCAGCAGCGUCGGCAUCGGCAGCGACAGCAGGAGGCGCUAGCAGCAACAGCGCCAUCGGUGAUUCCAAGCCAGCAGCUCCCCAGCCUGGGGCAGGAGGGAGUGCCGGCAAGGCUUCCGCUUCUCCUACUGCGCCCACAGCAAGCAGCCUCUACGCAGUGGCUCUCUGCGAUGCGGCGGAUGCUCUCCUGGUGUCUUGCGUGCAAGCAUUUGGGGCAGACAGCAUUCUGGGGGGAGAAGUCAAGUCAGCACUGUUAAGCCCCUCGUCCUCCCGCAGCACCAGUCACGCUCAGCGCGUCUUCGACACGAGCAGCAGCAGCAGCAGGCAUGGUGGCAUGGGCACGCAAGCUGUGGGAAAUCCACCGAGUGCUGUCUCCUGCAGGAGCGCUGAGACAGUGGAAGGGGCGACGGGGGAAGCCUUGCGCUUCGUGUGCUCCCAGGUGUCGCUGCAGCUCUAUCUUCAGCAUGCGGGAGACAUCGAGAGCCUCGUCGAGGCGGAGGGAGACCCCAUGCCGCAGACUGGCCUCAAAUCCUGGAGGCUUUAG